CUGGACCCUUUCUAUGCCUCCAUCAUCCUGUUUGUGGGACGAGCUUGGGAUGCCAUCACGGACCCCAUGGUGGGCUUCUUCAUCAGCAAAACAUCAUGGACCCGCUUUGGCCGCCUGAUGCCCUGGAUCAUCUUCUCCACCCCAUUUGCCGUCAUCUCCUACUUUCUCAUCUGGUUUGUGCCGGACUUCUCCAGAGGCCAAGUGAUGUGGUACCUCGUCUUCUACUGCACCUUCCAGACCCUUGUGACGUGCUUCCAUGUGCCCUACUCGGCACUGACCAUGUUCAUCAGCAGGGAGCAGAGCGAGCGGGACUCGGCCACUGCCUACCGUAUGACAGUGGAAGUGCUGGGCACUGUGCUGGGCACCGCCAUCCAGGGCCAGAUCGUGGGCAAGGUGGUUACUCCCUGCAUCGAGAGCCCCCUCUUCAUUGGCAAGACCAACUCCUCGGUGGCCAUGGAGGAGCUAAACAUGACCCAUGACACCGGGUCACUCACAGACACAAGAAAUGCCUACAUGAUCGCUGCAGGGGUCAUCGGGGGACUCUACAUCCUCUGUGCCAUGAUCCUGUCGGUGGGCGUGCGGGAGAAGAGAGAGUCCUCUGAGCUCCAGUCGGACGAGCCUGUCUCCUUCUUCCAGGGGCUGAAGCUGGUGAUGAACCAUGGUGCCUACAUCAAGCUCAUCGCCGGCUUCCUCUUCACCUCACUGGCCUUCAUGCUGCUGGAGGGUAACUUUGCCCUCUUCUGCACCUACACCCUGGGCUUCCGCAACGAGUUCCAGAACAUUCUCCUGGCCAUCAUGCUCUCGGCCACCUUGACCAUUCCCCUCUGGCAGUGGUUCCUUACCCGCUUUGGGAAGAAGACUGCUGUCUACGUGGGCAUCUCGUCUGCUAUUCCCUUCCUCAUCAUGGUGGCUGUCCUGGACAGUAACCUCAUUGUCACCUACAUCGUGGCCGUUGCAGCUGGGAUCAGCGUCGCAGCCGCCUUCCUCCUGCCCUGGUCCAUGCUCCCGGACGUCAUAGAUGACUUCAAGCUGCAGCACCCUGACUCCCAUGGCCAUGAAGCCAUCUUCUUCUCCUUCUAUGUCUUCUUCACCAAGUUCACCUCUGGUGUCUCCCUGGGCAUCUCCACACUCAGCUUAGACUUUGCAGGGUACCAGACCCGGGGCUGCUCCCAGCCCAGUGAGGUGAACUUCACCCUGAAGAUGCUGGUGUCAGCCGUGCCUGUGGGGCUGAUCCUGCUGGGCCUGCUCCUGUUCAAGCUGUACCCCAUCGAUGAGGAGAAGCGGAGGAAAAACAAGAAAGCCCUGCAGGACUUAAGGGAAGAGAGCAACAGCAGCUCGGAGUCGGACAACACAGAACUGGCCAGCAUCGUGUGA